AGAUAGACAGAUAGAUUGAAGAAUUCGGUUCGACCAUUUUGCGUGUCCAUAGAAAGUUAACAACAUGAAAAACAUCCUCGAUUCGUUUUCCGUCACCCCCGCAUUGCCUAGCUUUCUGUUCUUGUUGGCGGAUGAUAUCGGAUGGGCUGACUUUAGUUACAACAACGGUACGGCCCUAACACCAAAUAUCGACACCUGGGCCAGAGCGCAGGGAUCUGUCGUGCUGCAAGAUUUCCACAGCGGUGGUUCUGUUUGCUCUCCCACACGAGCAACUGUUUUAACUGGCCGCAAUCAUCUCCGAGAUUGUGUAGAUUACGUCUAUGGAUGUAGCGACAUUCGAUCUUGCCCUACCCUCGCUUUUGAGUUUGCACCCUCGGAAACAUUCACGGUUGGAGAUGCGGUUCGAACGGCCUAUCCAGAGGAUUAUGAUAGCAAAGGAGGGGCAUAUUUUGCUGGAAAGUGGCAYCUCGGAUCCUUUUUCAACGAUUCAAAGGCGUAUGGAGGAAUUCCCUCUUCUCCCAUCACACACGGCUUCACGAAAAUGAAUGCUACAAUCGAGGUCGCUCCGACAGCAACUACAAAUUGUCAGUGCAAGGCAGAGUGGGUGGAUUCCUGCGAUUUUGGUCAUUAUAAAGAGCCAAAUCACUGCUUUCCGGAGGGGGAGUGUUGUUUUAAUUAUUGGUGGGACGAUCCAUUAGGUAMAUCGAUUCAUGAACAAUCUUKUUGUASACCAUGUGUGCGAAGAUGUCUUURGUAGUUUUCAAUGCAUGUAUUGAYGGUGAUGGUAUGCUGCGAAACUGAAUUCCCGUGUUUAUCUUCUGUCCUAUUUCUACUUGCCGUAGCUCCACAUGGUGUUACAAACCUAACUUGGCCAACUCCUCCUGACGACUCCCUCUAUUUGGCGGAUGCCUUUUCUCGGUAUUUGAAGGAUCGAAGUGCGCAACAAAAACCAUUUCUAGGUAAGAAAAAUGGACGAUGUUAGUYCAUCCGAUUCGAUAUCGACAGGCAACCAUCGUCUCAUUUAUCUUCGAUGCAUUCAAUUUUUCUAUUMUUCCAGCACAAAUYAGCUUCCACAAUUGCCAUAUUCCGUUCAUUGGAUCURAAGAAGCGAAGGAGUCGUGYGCACGAGGAGAAACCUGCCAACUCCCUCAAAAUGGUGAAGAACCGUUUACUGAUGAGGAGCUAGAUUACUACGCAUGUCUAGUCGAGCUUGAUAAUGCUGUCGGGACGAUAUUAGCCGCUUUAAAAAAUCAUGGGUACUAUGACAAUACAAUGGUAAGUGAAAUGYAUUGUGGCGACGCARGAAAAGUUGACUUUUYCGACGCAUUUCCUACUAAAAGUCRCAUCUUCGCUCUUUUUUCAAACAUAUAAAUUACAAGACAUGGUUUGCGACAGAUAA